AUGUCGAGCUAUCCUGCUCGGCGCCCCAGCCGCACCCAAGGGUCCCAAACCGACCUCCCACCUCUCAACACCCGCCGCCACAACACGGCUGGUCCCAAGCGACCAGUCCCAACCACGCCCCUCACCCCGUUCAACCCCUCUCGCCGUCCCAGUACAUCCAAGACCAACGCCGCCGCCCUCAACAGACGCGAGCUUCCAUCCCUCCAGCAUGAUGGUGUGGAGAACACAGGCGACCCCGUCAACCGCCCGGUGAGGAAGAUCAGCCGCGUCACUAGCCGCGCCAUCAGCGGAACACUUCGCAGCGUGAGCGGCAGGUCGCGCAGCUUCUCAAAUCCCCCUCCCCCGAACCGCCGUAUCGAAGACUCUGAAUGCGCACCCCCGCCAAAGCGCCGCAUCGAGGACUCGUAUGACCUGCGAUCAUCCAAGCGUCGCUCCAAGAAGCCGCGCUUCGACAACUCAGAAUGCUCGGCCUCAGAAUCGAGCGACAGUCCCUACGACGCCGAGGGCGCCUCCUCCACCAUCCAGAAUGGCAAGCCGAUCAAAAAGCCCAACGCCAAGUCCACCCAACGUGGGACCAAGAGCAAGCAGUCAGCCCGCGGUGCCUCGAAGACAGUUCGUUCCGUUCGCGAGAACGAAUUACGCCGGAAGCAGGUAGAGUUGCGCGUCGCCCAGUUUCACGCCGGACGGAUGUACUGCCGUCACCCAUCGCACCCUCUGUACGACCCCCGCACCCACUUCACCCCGCAGGCGUACGCCUCUUUAAGGUUGGAUCAGAAUGGCGUAGACGCUCUGGGACCGGUAGUGGAGAAGUUGAUGUGGGAUGGGUUUACCGACUUGGAGCGGCGAAUGUUGGCAGCUCAGGUUGACCGUGAUUUUGUCAAGGGUGUCCGCUUGAUGUGGAUCAUCAACUACACCGACUUCACUGACGGUAUCCGGCCUCUCGCACAGCAGUGCGGGCGCUGUGUUAGGAUCCAGUACCCCUGCAUGAUCAUCAAGAACGGCAAGACGAGGCUCUGCAUGGGAUGUUACAUCUCGAAGGGCCAUUGCGUCUGCGCCACAGAGGACCCGAAAUACACCUCCUCCGAACCCUGGAAAGAUUUCCGCCUUUGGGUUCACCGCGCGUUCGGCUUUGAAGGGGUCGGUGACCGCCUCGGCCCAAUCGACUGGGAGGCCCACCUGCCUCCCGUGCCACUGGUUAAUCCGCUUGCUGCAUCCAUUUCAAGCAAGGAGGGGCAGAACGUAACCAAGCAGGCCGCGAAGCAUGUCGCCGAGGGCGACACGCCUGAUGGCAUCGUCGACGAAGUAACGUCGAAGCUCGCCGAGGUGGAAGUUAGCCCCAAUCCUAGCCCCGCCACAACCAAGCCCGCUAAGAGAAAGGGUUUUGAUACGGCCGAAGGUGUGGCCACGGUCCGCGACAAGAGCUUCCCGCAGCAGACCACCGCACCAUCGAGUAGCAACUCAGACUCUGCUGGGCAGAGAGCGCUGCCAUUCCGCUCGGAGUCAACCACCCCUUCCAUCACUCUCAGCAUCCCAACGCGACAGCCUCCCGCCCAGUCGCGGCAAAACACAAACGCGUUGGUGCGCGAGAGCCUCGGUGUCCCCGCCGCGGCAAACGUCCCAGAGUAUGUCACUCCAGCAUCCUCCAAUGCAUCCAAGACUAGCAUCCGCAGAGCCCCAGUGAAGGACUUCACGAACGCCGACACGCUCGCCCAGUUUGGGCUGCCAACCGAGGCUCGCGCUGUCCUAGGACAGCGACAGGUGGCUCCCACGGCGAGCGCGGGCAGCGGUAGUGACGUUGACGACACGAGCGACGAGGAUGACGGGCAGAUGGACGUUGAGGAGAUAGAGAACAACCGAUACUCCACAGCUCGGAUCUCCAAUCCUCCUCCCGCCCCGUGCGACCUGUCGUUGCGCACUCGCCACGCCGUAACCCGAGCGCUACUCGCCGGAGACCUUGCCGACCCAGCUUAUGCCGCCGCAUGGGAGACAGUGCAAGCCCACGUCCUCGUCCUCGCGCGCGACAUCAACCUUCCGGUUGAUCCGAAGCACUUCGCACCUCCUCACCUCUUCGUUGCGCGGAACGCGCUCGAGGCGCCCUUCCUUCGGUACCUCCUUGAGAAGCCAUACCUCACGGCGUGGAAUGCCGUGAAGGCAUUGUGGGACGGAGACUACCGCUCUUCCAUCAUCGGCCCGCUCGCACGGCGGCUCGCUUCGGACGUUGCCAUUGGCCCUCCCCUGCGGUUCCCAUCCUGCCCAUGGACAGUCGGAGACAGCUACUACGCCAUCGUCCCGAAUGGGAUGGUGGUGCUGCUCGGCUCCGAACGGCUUUGGGGAACGCUGCUGGUGCAGGGCACGUCCGUGAAGAUAUUCGCCACCAAGGCGUGGGAAAAGAAGUUUACUCGGGCGCGUAUCACAAGGUUCGUAAAGGUGCUUGGGUACGGCGCUCGCAGUGUGGUGUUCUCGUACAAGGCGCCUGAAGAGUACGGUACGGAGUUUGCGCUGUGGGCGUUCGAGCAGCUGGCCUCCAACUGCGAGUGGAAGCCACGGGGGAUCGAAGAGCCGUUCCUCCUAUCCAUGGGGAGGCGGCACGCUCUGGUCCUAGCCAACGACCAGGACAUUGCGCUCGGAAUGGCGAACAAGUUGGUCGGGAACAUGGAGCUCGUUACUGAGCUGGUGAACCGUGCUGGUCUGGAGUGA